AUGGAUGUCCUUUGGUUGCUUCUGUUACUGUUGUUUAUUAGCAGCUUUAACAACUGUAAUUUCCAUGACAGUUCGGUGCCAAAGAACUACCAGCACAUCCUGGCCUUGGCAUUUGCUGUCCAAGAGAUCAAUGAAAACCCCGACAUUUUAUCCAACGUCUCUCUGGGAUUUCACAUCCUCAACAGCUACUACACUGCCAGGAUGACCUAUAAGGCCAGCCUCAGCCUCUUUUCUGCACAAGGGAGGUUUGUCCCCAACUUCCAGGGUCACAACCAGAAGAAAGUGAUAGCUCUGAUCGGAGGAUGCAUCUCCGAAAUCUCUGCAAAUGUGGCCGUCAUUUCAGCAAUGUACAAGACUCCACAGCUCACUUAUGGAUCAUUUUUGCCAAUACAACACGCCAACACUUUAUUCCCCUUUUUGUACCAGAUGGUCCCAAAGGAAGCCCACCAAAGCACAGGAGUUGUGAUAUUACUUCAGCAUUUUGGGUGGACAUGGAUUGGGCUUGUUGCUGUGGAUGAUGACAAAGGGGACCGGUUUUUACAGACAAUGGUUCCAAUGCUUGAUGAAAAUGGCAUCUGUUACGCCUUCAUCAUGAGAAUCCCAAAAUGGAAUUAUGUGGAUGAGAUUAUAGAAUACGUUUCACAACGUGUAGAACACUAUGUGACUGUCUUCAAGGAGAAAGCCAACGUGUUUUUUGUAUAUGGAGAACCACCAUCCUUUCAGGCUUUGAGAGUGCUGUUCUUUGUAGCACCAUUCAUAGAACUGCCACCUCUUGGAAAAGUCUGGAUUGUUACAUCUCACUGGGAUUUUGCAUCAUUCUCUAUUCAAAAGAACUGGGAUUUACAAACCUUCCAUGGGUCCAUAUCUUUCACAGUUCACUCAAAUCAGCCUGAGGGUUUCCAGAAGUUCCUUCAGAUGGUAAGACCUUCGUGGUUCAAAAGAGAUGGCUUUAUUCAAGACUUCUGGGAACAGGCUUUUGACUGUUUGCUAACAACGUCCAAGGAGUGGGAAGGAGAGGAGAAUAAAACCUGCACUGGGGAAGAGAAUCUGGAGAGUCUUCCUGGAGGUUUGUUUGAAAUGAAAAUGACUGGCCACAGCUACAAUGUCUACAAUGCUAUCUAUGCUGUGGCACAUGCUCUGAAUGCUAUAUUCAAAUCCAAAUCCAUGAAUAGAAGAUUGGAAGAAGGACGAAAAAUGGCAUUUCAGAAUGCGGAACCAUGGCAGGUCCAUCGUUUUCUACGGAGCAUCGUUUUCAACAACACUGCUGGAGAUCAUGUGCACUUCAAUGAAAAUGCAGAAUUAGUUGUAGGUUUUGAUGUUACAAACUGGAGGAUUUACCCCAAUGGUUCAGUGAUUAGAGCCAAAGUUGGAAAACUGAACCCUCAGGCUCCUUUCGGCAAAGAGUUAACCAUUCAUGAUGAUCAGAUUGCGUGGCAUAAAAGCUUUAAUCAGAUGCUGCCAGUUUCUGUGUGCAAUGACAACUGCUAUCCUGGCUACAGCAGGAAAAAGAAAGAGGGAGAGAAAUUCUGCUGCUAUGAUUGUGUUCCAUGUCCAGAAGGGACCAUCUCUAACCAGAAGGAUAUGGAUGCCUGUGUCAAGUGUGCAGAAGAAAACUACCCAAACCAGGACCAAACAGGGUGUGUUCCAAGGGGGCUGAGCUACCUCUCCUACCAAGAAAAGUUAGGGCUCAGCUUAGCUGUCUCCGCUCUGGCUUUCUCCCUGAUCACCACCUUUGUGCUGGCGACUUUCGUUAAGCACAAGGACACUCCCAUCGUCAAAGCCAACAACCGCAGCCUCACCUACCUCCUCCUCCUCUCCCUCCUUCUCUGCUUCCUCUGCUCCUUGCUCUUCAUUGGUCAGCCUGGAAAAGGGACCUGCCUCUUCCGACAAAUGACUUUCAGCAUCGUCUUCUCAGUGGCCCUUUCCAGUAUUCUGGCCAAAACCAUCACCGUGGUUCUAGCAUUCAUGGCAACCAAGCCCGGAUCCAGAAUGAGGAGAUGGGUGGGGAAGGGGCUGGCCAAUUGCGUGGUCUUUUCCUGCUCUUUCCUUCAAGCUGGCAUUUGCACCCUUUGGCUAAGUGCUUCCCCUCCAUUCCCAGAUACAGACAUGCAGUCACUGAAGAGUGAGAUCAUCCUGGAGUGCAAUGAGGGUUCAGCUGCCAUGUUCUAUUGUGCUUUGGGUUAUAUGGGUUUUCUGGCCGUUGUGAGUUUCCUUGUCGCUUUCCUGGCCAGAAAGUUACCUGACAGUUUUAAUGAGGCCAAAUUUAUCACGUUUAGCAUGUUGGUUUUCUGCAGUGUUUGGCUGACCUUUGUUCCAACCUACCUGAGCACCAAAGGGAAAUACAUGGUAGCUGUGGAGGUCUUCUCCAUCUUGUCCUCCAGUGCUGGGUUACUGGGUUGCAUCUUUUUCCCUAAAUGCUACAUCAUUGUGCUGAGGUCUGACCUGAACAACAAGGAAAGCCUAAUAAGGGGAAGAAAAUAA